UUGGUCCCAUUCGGGACUGCUGAAUGUUACUUGCUGUCUGUGAUGUCAUUUGACAGGUAUUUAGCAAUAUGUAAGCCAUUGCACUACACAGUGAUGAUGAACCCAAGAAAAUGUAUCCAGCUAGCAGCUGUCUCCUGGACAAAUGGCCUUACGGGCAUUUCCGUUAUAAUGGCUGGAAUGCUGCAGUUAACAUAUUGCGGCCCUAAUGAAAUUGAUCAUUACUUUUGUGAUUCAGUUCCACUUAGAAAGCUUUCCUGUGGUGACACAGAUGUGGUGGAACAAGUUAAUUUAGUCUUGUUAUUUAUUUACACUCUGCCUCCUUUUCUAGUAACUCUAGCAUCUUAUAUAUACAUUAUAAGGACUGUUUUAAAAAUCCCAUCUAAAACUGGGAGACAAAAGGUCUUCUCCACUUGUUCUUCUCAUCUCACUGUUGUUUCAAUUUAUUAUGGAUCUGUGACGAUUGUAUAUCUCCUGCCACCAUCCUCUUCAAUGAACAAAGUCUUUUCUCUCCUGUACACAAUAUUUCCGCCUCUAGUGAAUCCCAUUGUAUACAGUCUAAGAAACAAGGACAUCAAGAGGGCCUUGAGGAAGAUGAAAAAUAGAGUAGAAACUUUCAGAAUAUUUCAAAUUAUGUUGGCAGAUCUGGCUAUCUUUAAUGAUAAGUAG